AUGUACGGGGGACACCCGAAACGUGCGGUACCCCGCGACUUCAAGCGCGAAUUUAUAGCCCGUAAAAGGUUCCAGCGUCCAUCAACCAGCCAAUCAAGAAUCCCUUUGAGACGUCACGACUGUCAUCACGCUUACCGGAAAGACCGCAGGAACUUAGAUUCUACUCUCGCUAUGGUUAUCAAACGAUCCGCUCAAGCCAAACUGAAAAAUGCGGAAAUUGAGACCAAACGGCAAGAACGAAGGGUUGUAUUGGAGCCAGCUGUCUUGGGGGUCGUGUCGGCAUUGGGGGGGUAUGAAGAUGUGCUGGUCAAAGACAACGAAGAAGACGACGAUGAUGAAAUUGAAAUUGAAGGCCAAGAAAAAAACCCAGCUCAAUAUCGGACUGAACGCGUUUAUAAACUAGGAGACGAAUGUCUGGGUUGUUUGAAGGACUUGAAGAAGUUUUGGAGGUUGGACGAAGAAGAUGAGAACCGUACGGUGGCCCGAAUCUUGUACUCCAGUCAAAUAGUACCAAAUGAUCUCCUCCCUAUUCUGCUGUCUGCUCAGAUCGAAAAUAAAAAAGAUCAUCGGGUUUCUUUACUAUGCGCCGAUCUGAUAGCUGCUCUUACUUGGCCUGUCGAUGUUACUCGAGAACUGCAAGAAGCUUGUGAAAUUGAUGAUGAGGAGGAGCGAAGACAAGCCACCAAUAUCGAUUUCUCGAGUCUUGUCGAUGGUCAGUUAUCUUACAAGCGGGAAAUCGUCCGAACUGGUGCGAUGGGUCCCAUCUUCAGAUUACUACUCCCUGUGAUCCAGAAACCUAAAAAUGAACGGACAGAACGAGAUGAGAAUGUGAUAUCACUGGUUCUGCAUAUUAUCCGCAACUUGUUGGCUCUUCGCGAUAAACCGGCCUCUGGUGCUGGAAUUGAAGAAUCACAUCUUCAAUCAGAUUUCAUUCAACAACUAUCCAAGUUUGGGAUCUUCGAUUUACUGAUCCAUAUGAGCCAUGGUUCGAAUCGGUUUGACGAGUUUGGUCAAUGGAACAUGAUCGUGCUUGAUAUCUGGGAUCAUUUGUUUCGAGGUGUCGAUUCCGAAGAUCUGAUCGAUGCUGAAACCUGCGUGGGUACCAAUGAAGCUGGCGAGACGAUUUCUACUGUCAAAGCAUCGGAUAAGAAGCUUGAAAGCAUUCUCUUGGAUGAAGAACAGGCUCGAAAGGCGAGGGCUAGGAAAAGUGCGACUCGUCAUUCUCGCUUUGGAACUACAUUGAGUGUCAAGACUGGUCAAAGAAAAUUUAAUCUCCACAGUCAGACUGCUAUCACCACUCCAGUUGAAGUUGCACUCGAUGCUCGCAAAACCCAGAAAAAGAAAAACAAUCGUGUGGCAGAUGAGUUUGGAAGACCAACGACCCUCAAACCAGAUGCUUUGAAAGUUUUGAGAAGUGUGGCGAUCGAAUUCAUUGAAUCAGGUUUCAAUCCCUUCUUCCUCUCGAUUUUCAAAGAUAUACAAAGGGAGAAGGCCAAAGCUAAGGACGCUAUCCGGCUUUUAUACCUCUUGGGGUUUUUCUUGGAUUGUUUCUUGAAAUUGAGGGAAAGAGAGAAAUCGGUUGGGAUUUUACCGACGAGCGAGACAGGUCAUGAUUUUGACCUAGUAGCCGACCUGAUGGAACCCGAGUGUAUGCUUUGGGCAUUUGGUAAGAUUCAAUCCGGACUAGAGGAUAAGCCGAUGCCGGUCGUUGAAAUCCAUGCCGCAGUAGAGUGUCUUAUCCAACAAUUGCUCGUCAUCGAAGGUUUAACUACAUCGGGUGUAGAACAAUACACUGAUGUGGCCAAUGUGACUCUUAAUAGAUUGUAUUAUGAUGCGGAUACCCUGGACAUGGUGAUCAAAUUGAUGUCGAAAUACACCAACCAAUCACUCAAAUAUCUUGAAAAUAUUGUCCAUUUCUCAUUCGUAUUUUUAAAGAUUCUUGAACGGUAUGCCGGAAGUACAGAUUAUAUGUAUGUACGGAAGAAGAAGGCCAGAAAGUCGAAGCAACAACAUCCAGGAGUCAACCCCGGUGACCAGCCAGAGGGAGCCGGCGAUGAAGUUGAAGCUAGAAACCCGGUGGAGGAUGAAGAAGAAGCUUUUCUCGAGGCUGAGCGGAGUGGCGUUCAGUUUGCUGAGCACAAGUUCGAAUUUGGAAAGUUCCAACUCCGCUUUGCCCAUGAAGCAGUAGCCAAUACUUUGAUUACCUACCUCCGAGGUUAUCGAGAUUUCACAGAUCCUGAAUUGAUGAAAAGAGUCGUCAAGUUGAUGUACCGCCAAGCCGUGGGCGCCAACGCGCACAAACUAUUUUUCAGAGUAUCUGUGUUAGAUACUUUCCACACGAUGAUCGAGGAGAAGUCGUCUAUGCCGAAGCAUCCGGUUUACACGGACUUGUUUAGGUUCAUCGAUUACAUCCUCAAACAAUUUUUCAAGUCUGUGGCGGAAUCGCCGUUUCUGAUAGUAGAAGCGCUCUGUGAUCACGGCAUGAGAGAUUGGCAUCGCGCUUUUGAUAGCAGCAGUGAUGAUUCAGACACCAUGCCAUCGAAAGCUAAAACGGGCCGCAAGGUUCCCAAACUCCCCGCUGAAAUCGAAGCCAAACCCGGCUUGAGUUGGUCUCAACGCCUAGGCGUCGCUGUCGGUCUCCUGGUCGAUAAAAAUAAAUCAGACUUGGUUAAUAAAGUGCAAGAUAUUUUACGGACCGCGUCAGCAUCACGGACGGCGAUUGUCUUGAUGAACGAUGAAACGGACGAGGAUUCCCCAGAAGUUGAUCUGGAAAGCUGGCUCCAACAUCCCGAUCAGGAACCCAGUGAUGAGCUCAAAGCUCAGCUCAAGCGGCCUUCAGACUCGAGCAUGGAAAAGUUCGAAGACCACCGAAUUGAAGCGGGUGAGGAUAACGAAUUCAAGACAGCAUUGGCUCGGGAUGCCGAAUUACACAUGCUGUUACGGUUGCUGCAUUGGGAGAGCGAAGAGGAGUACCCAGGUCACCUCGGUUGGAUCAUUCCCAGGGCUCGUAUCCAUAGUGAACUUGAUCUAUAUAUCAAGGUGAUUGAUCACUUCUUGAUCAAUCCACUUGAUCAUAACGGGAAAUCUCCGGCCGAGCUCACGAAGAGGAAGCGUAAACGACGCACCAAGGCGCCUUCAUUGACGGCAGAAGAAUUGGCUUUGGAUGCUUCUUCUGAUGGUGAGGAAGAGCAAACUACUAAGAAAGCACCACGGAAGGCCAAGAAACCGCCUAAACCCACACAGCAGCAACAUUCAACGACAUUUGUGACAUUUAGCGAUAACGAAACGGAUGGAGAGCCCGAUAAAUUCAAGUCUCUGCUUCCAACCACCGAAGUGAAUGUCCUCAAGCGUACUGCCGGGAUGAUCGACCAGCAAGAUGAAGGAGAGAAUGAAGAUGAUGGAAUAUCUGGCGUCAAAAGGAAACCAGUCAAGUCAAGGAAACUAUUCAUCGACGACAGUGAUGACGACUCCUAG